AUGUACGAAGUUCUACUCGAAAAUGCAAAAAGCUCCGAUCCUCAGCUCCCAACCAUCAACCACCAUCCGGCUUCUCCCCGCCACUACUCUUCCCUGUCCGCAGCACUCACGUCCACCCCCACCGCCGGAGCCCGUUGCAAGAUCGGCGUGGCUGUCGACCUAUCUGACGAGUCCGCCCACGCCGUACGCUGGGCCGUCCAGCACUACAUACGCCCCGGUGACGCUGUCAUCCUACUCCAUGUCAGCCCCACCUCCGUCCUCUUCGGCGCCGACUGGGGUUCCGUAGACCUCUCCAUCUCUCCAUCGGACGUGGUCGGAGAGGACGGCACUGCCACGCACGCCUCCAAGCCGUCCAAGCAGAAGCUGGAGGACGAUUUCGACGCCUUCACGGCCUCGAAAGCCGGGGAUCUCGCGAGGCCCUUGCGGGAGGCGCAGAUCCCGUACAAGAUUCACAUCGUGAAGGACCACGACAUGAGGGAGAGGCUCUGUCUGGAGGUCGAGAGGCUAGGCCUCAACGCCGUCAUCAUGGGGAGCAGGGGAUUCGGUGCGGCACGCCGCGGCAAGGACGGUAGGCUCGGCAGCGUCAGCGACUACUGCGUCCACCACUGCGUCUGUCCUGUCGUCGUGGUUCGGUAUCCGGAUGACAAGGAGGCCGGCGAUGGUGGCGCCCGAGCCGUGGUCGACGUGUAGGAAGAGGAGAAUGAAGAUCGGAAAGGUUAAUGCAUUCUUAUU